CCUGUAUGUUUCCUGUUCAAUCUAGGCAUAACAUAUAACCGGAUUCGUGUAAAUCUAAACUUUCGCUAUAAUCAUGGUACAUUGGAGACGAACCAGUCUUUCUAAACUUAUCGGAUUUCACGCCACAUUUGAAACACGCCUGCCUUUUGCUCUGACAUAGCUCUCAGAAUAAACACCAAAGGCUGUCCACGACGGAGCUGUGAUAUCGAACCUGACCUCCCAGGAAUAUCGAUCUGCAGUUCCCGUCAGUUACACUGAAUCUGCUCAUCCAACAUGGCCGACACAAGAUAGAGCGGAUCUUAAGAGGAAUCAACAUUUUACCUUCUCCUGUAAUGGAAUAUCAGGUUCCAUAGUUAGCGCCGUGUGGUGCUGACUGCACGUGGAGUAUCUACGCUCCCUAAGAGGAGUGUCAUGUCCGAAAACGUUCAAACUUCGGAACAAACAAAACUACAAAACCAGGAAGUCCCAAGCGCUUCAGCCGCAAGUCAUGCGGAGGAAAAGCAUGAACUUUUAAAGAAAUCUAGUGGCGGCGGAACCGGAAGUAAAAAAACAAGCAAACAGUACACGGAUUCAAGUCAGUCGAAACGCAGACAUGUUUGUCCAGAUUAUUUCGGAGUGAAAUCCUAUCUUCACGAUUUCUAUGACAACCAUGUGUACAAGGACCCACAGAUUUACGAGGAGGAUGACGACAUCCGACUGUUACUGAAUCCGUCGGCCAAACGUCGUCGCCGCUGUCCACCGAUAUGGCUGAAAGUUUGUGUCUGGUGCGGGGUCAACCUUCUUCUGUUCGGAAUGAUAGGUAUCCUGGUAGGCUAUUUCGUACCACAGAAACCCAUCAUACGGAAACUGAUCCACGGCGAAAACGUGGCGAUGGUGGAUCACCGAGCCAUGUCCUACAACGCAGUGCUGGACCUGUGUAAGCUGGUCGGCCUGAUUCUCUUCUGUACUGGAGGGGUCUUACUAGCCUCAGCCCUACUCUUACCCAGUAUCCUGACGAGUCGGUGCUCAUGCGAAGACGAUUGUGAUGACGCCAUUCCUGUGAAUCUCGGCGAGGAACCAGGUCCAAAGAGUCCAAUUGAAAUGACUAUCCCUGCCACAUCCAAAUUGAAAAAUGUCCAGCCUGCCCCCGGAAAGGUCACGUUCCACCAGCCCCCAGUACAAGAUGACGCGGUACAAGUAAAAGAUUGAAAUAUAUAUAAAUGUAUUUUACUUAAGGAGCGAACUAUAUGAAACUUGCGUGAUAGCAGAGGUGUAACUUGACAGAGCCAAAAUGUGUCGAAAGCUGAUAGAGAGACUCUAGUGAUCACUAAAAUGAACCUAGUACCCAGAACGAGUGUAAAUUGGAUUGUGUAUAGAAUUUGUGGAAUCAGAAUUCGGAAAAGGUAUGGUUCUCAAUGUCAUAUGUUAUGUCAACGCCAAGCCGCGUAACAACUCAGUACAACUUGCAAAUGAAAA